AUGGCGCACACUAAUUGGUCCUCGGCAGCAAUAUUCCUGGCGCGGAUAGCUCAGGGAAUCGAGAGAGACUCGUUUCGUGGUGCUCUUGAUAGUCUCAGUCGAAGCGUGCAAAAAGAAAUUGUCUAUAUAAUAUGCAACAUAAUCACAACCACACAACUCAACAGCAUCAAGUUCGCUUCAAUGUUUCCUGAUCGUGUCCAUGACAUUGAGGAACUUUCUCCUGAUGAUCGCACCCUGCUUGCGCAGAGGUACCGAAAAUAUCUCCAUCAUAUAGCUCAAACAGCAAUCUGGAUCACCUACAUCUAUUUUACAGUACGGCUGUUUUUCAUAUUGACGGCCUCGGAGCGAACAUGGAAAAUAUGGACGAUGCUCGGUAUCGAGGGUCUAUUUGCUCACAUAUCCUUGAACCACCAACGCUUGUCGGUAGCCGCAACAACAAAUCCACCACGCCAGACACUCCGCAAGAGACUUCGCAGCACCGAGAACCUGCCUAGAGUCGACGUAUUAGUGACAUGCUGCGGAGAGCCGGUCGAAAUCAUCCUAGACACAGUCCGAGCAGCAUGUGCGAUGGACUUUCCAGCUUCCCGAUUCCGAGUGCGACUUCUGGAUGACGGAGCGUCCAGUGACCUACGUGACGAAAUUGCAAAACUCACCACAAAAUGGACUCACCUCUCCUACCACACCCGCGGCAAGCAGUCCGGGAAGUCUUUUGCCAAAGCAGGCAAUCUCAACUACGCCCUAUUCUCCCUGCAAACCGAUGACCCGCCAGAGUUUUGCACCGUCGUCGAUGCAGACUCCAUUCUUAUGCCAGAGUUCCUACGCGCAACACUGCCUCACCUACUUGCAGACCCGGAAGCCGCAUUGCUGACCACAAGACAGUAUUUCUACAACCUACCCCGCGGUGAUCCUCUCUCUCAGUCGCGCGCUUACUUCUACACGUGUGAGAAUACGGAACUCGAUCUUCUGGGUCAUGCACUUGACGCCGGGUCAGGUGCAGUCUUCCGUCGUGAUGCGAUCCUCGACGCGGGCGGAUAUCCGACUUAUUCCUUCUCGGAGGAUUGGCAGCUGUCGUUGAUUUUACGAGGGCUGGGGAAGCGCACGAUGCAGGUACAAGAGGUUUUGCAAUUCGGUCUCGUUCCUACUUCUCUCGCUGGACAUCUCAAACAGCGGAAUCGGUGGCACAUUGGACACUCUCAGCAGAUUUCUGUGCUAUUCCCUUCUGUCAGGAAGGCAAUUCCGCGGCAUUUGCGCUGGGAGAUUGCUCUUGGAGGACUGUCUAUAAUGGUAGGCCUUGUCAGUUACUCGAUUGGAUUUGCUGCUUUGCCAUUUGUCCUUGCCUCCAAUGGUGGGCUCAUUCCUGAUGGAUCGGCGCUGGGGACCAAGAUCCAACUUGUGCUGGCUAUAGCGCAGGUUGGAUCUUCAUGGGCAUAUGACUGGGCUCGAAGUGCACACGCGGGUGUUCCAUUUGAGCCUUUUGCACACGCAGAGAACAGUUGGCUUGCUGCUGCCCAUUUAUACGCCGUUGUUCAAUUUCAUCUAUUCGGAAGCAAGCCCAAGGGAUCAUUCGUUACCGGAAGCACCGCAAACUCGAGCGAGAACGCUACGUCCUUGUCGUCCUUCCGAAAGGCAUACAGAGAUACUGUUGGAAGCGGUGCUUGGCUUAGCGCUUGUCUCUUUGUUGCGACUCUUGGAGCAAUGCUCUAUGCAGUCUGGAUGGCUAUCAUGGGGAAUGUAUCGACAAUUCUCAGACUACUCACCACAAUUGUCUGGCCGCCACUGUUACACUUGUUCCUAUUGGCGCUUGUCAAUAAUUGGGUACCCAUUGCUCAUCUUUUCAACCCUCCGACCUAUCACUCCCGAGAGUCUAGGUUGCUUACAACAGAGGGAAUAUCAUACCCACGAGCCGAGGUCGAAGGGGAACUCAAGUCUGAGAAGUCUUUCCUCGGCCUAUGUUGCUCCUUCAUGGUGCCAAUCGCUCUUUGGGGGGCGCUUGUGGGUGUCUUGAUAUUUUAG